AUGGCCUCUAGUUCAGAUCAGUUCUCCAUCGCCCAAGACGGGUCCAUCCAGGUCGCAGGUGCCUCGGGCGAGACAAACGUCGCCGUCUGGGCCCCGUCCCUCCCCACGGCCUUCCAAAACGCUCGAGAUGCCACCUAUUUCACCCGUCUCGAAACUCGGCACUCACACGAACAGCUGAAAGCGGCGUUCGACCUGACUCCAGACGUGGAUCAGACGUUCUGCUUGUCAGUCAACAAUGUCAUCCUCGUCUUCUCUGCGGGCACUCCUGAAGAGCACCGCCAGCAAGUCUGCAAAGUUCUCGAAAUGAUGCAGACCCAUUCAAUGCGUGCAGAUCCGAAAGGCUGUGUUUUUGAUGCGAGAGCAAGCGCUGAUGCUGGGAUCGUGCUGGAUCGAGUUGGACAGCACAAGGCUUUUAUGGUUAUCAACCAAGGGCCACCGAGGCGUUGA